AUGGCGGCCCUUCCCUUGAUGGGCCACCAGCCAGCCAGCCUAACAUCGUUGAGGGCUGCGCCUACUCCGCUAUCUAGCCGUUUCGAAGCCCUUGCGGAAAUGCUCCAAACGAACGGUAACUCAUAUAUAUGUUAUCAAACUUACUCGAAUAUCACGCUAAUACUUAUACCAGAUCCCGUACUGGAGGGUAUUAUUGCUGAACCGAGGUCACAGUUUGCCACUUCGACUGAUGUAGACCACCCUGGCGGACCCAUCACUCGCAACCUUGCCCAGGGAUCCAGUACGCAUCAAAUUGCACAAUUAAUUCACGAAGUCCCCACGAUAUUUCCUGCUCCACAGAUAGCCUUAGGUCAGCAUGCUCCCACAAACCACGUAAAGCUAGCCAAUAAUCGGUGUGAAAUAGGAGCCCAAAUUGUUCCGCACUUUACCCAUCCUACCGUUACCGAAUACCAGAGGAACUCAUUACAGCAGUCAAUAAACGGCUUUGGGCUGCCUGGAUGGAAGCUUCCAUCCAGUGACUCUUUAACCAGAUUCUUAGCCGGGUAUUUCACGGGGUUCUAUUCAUAUGCACCCUUCACCCAUGCACCAACCUUCAGGUUUGAUGCAUGCUCACCGGAACUUCUUUUAGCUAUGCUGGCUAUUGGAGCGGCUAAUCGCUUUGAAUAUAAUUCUGCAAUCAAUAUGUUCUAUGUCUCGAAAGCAAUACUACUAGAGCGCCAGCACCAAAGGGAGCGUGGUAUGCUUGAACGGCUAAUGAACCACAGAGCGAGCAAUGAUUUCGUAGAACGAGAUUAUAUGGACGAGGUCCGGUGCUUGCUCUGUCUCAUGAGUAUUGCGACGUGGGAUAAGGACUUGAAUCUCAGAAACGAAUCACUCGUGUUACGUGGGCAGCUCGCUCAUGCCUUGAGAUUAAGUGGACUUGAAGAGCAAAUGGAAGUACGCGAUAUCCAUUGGGAAACCUGGGCUCGCCUAGAAUCGGAAAGACGUGCAAAGCUACUUGCAUUCUGUUUUCUCAACGUCCAGAGCAUCGCAUAUAACCUUUCGCCAGUCAUCUGGAGUCAUGAAAUCAAGCUGCGCCUGCCUUGCUCCUGUCCUGAAUGGACGGCACCUGAUUCAGCAACUUGGGCUUUGCUAAGACAAAAUACCCCGAUUACAAAAAGUCACUUCUACCCAGCUUUAAAGGAUCUGCUAUCCCCUUCUCCAUGUGAUAUCAAUGAGCUCAACCCGACGCCCGUUGCUAACUACACAUUGCUGCAUGGGCUCAUACAAACAAUUAUGUGGGUCCAGAUCUUUCCCAAGGAUCUAGGGGCUGACCCAACUUCAGACAGCCGAGUGCUCUUCCGUAAUGCCUUGCGUAAAUGGACAAUAUACUGGCAACGGACUCCAGAAUCUAAUCUUGAGCCAUUCGACCCCAACGGACCAUUGCCCUUCAUGUCAAGCGCUUGGCUCAGCUUUGCUUACAUUCGGAACUGUUCUCAAUUCUCUAACUGUCAGUCUCGUGAGAUAUUCUCGUGGAAUGUUGCUUCUAUCGCGCGUGCUCUUCGCGCGUCUCCAUCUGCAAACCACGAAUGGGAUGAACUAUUGGCGGCCCAUCAUGCGACUCAUUUCAUGGGUAUAUUGGUCAGGCUUGGUAUACAAUACAUCAAGCACAAUCGGGCAUCGUUAUGGAGCAUUGAGGCUGCGUUAUGCGGGCUGGAAUGUUCCGUUUUCCUUGACAAGUGGCUUCGAGCAUUUUAUACUUCCACAGAUCCUAAGUCAUUAACAGACCACGAACAUAUGCUCCUUGAAUGGGCUCGAGAUAUCGUCCGCGACGGCUUUAUAUCCAUCAACGGUGUCGACCCUGACAUCUCCUCAGGUCGGCCUGAGGACUUAGUCAACUGCACUGUCGAGGUUUGGUGUCACAUCAUGCAGGGCGAUUCUCCCUGGCCAUUUAUUGGCAUGUUAGGCGACGCUGUGGUUCAAUAUAAAACGAUCGCUCGCCAGGGCCUGGAUAAAACAUGA